AUGUCGUGGAUCACCGACAUCCAGGCAUCGCUGCAAAGUGGCGUCGUGGACUUCUACGGGCAGAAUCUCAGCUGGCACGUUCUCAACGUCCUCCUCGUCAUCGGGACCGUCACGGGGGUGAUCGUCGGCCAGGUGAAGCAGGAUUUCGACAUUACCAUGAGGAUCGUAAUCGGCACGAGCCUGCUGUGUGCUGUCGUCUGCACGCCAGCGUGGCCGAUGUACAACCGCCACCAGAUUCCCUGGAAGCCUGUUAAGGAGGAUAAGUGA